AUGCUUCUCUGGUCUUAUCCAAUUUUAACANCAACUGGCGGAAUAAUUAGUACAACCAACAGAAUGGUUAGUACAACCAGCGGAAUAAUUAGUACAACCAACAGAAUGGUUAGUACAACCGGCGGAAUGGUUAGUACAGCCGGCGGAAUGGGUAGUACAACCAGCGGAAUAAUUAGUACAACCGGCGGAAUAAUUAGUACAACGGGCAGAAUGAUUAGUACAACUGGCGGAAUAAUUAGUACAACCAACAGAAUGGUUAGUACAACCAGCGGAAUAAUUAGUACAACCAACAGAAUGGUUAGUACAACCGGCGGAAUGGUUAGUACAACCGGCGGAAUGGUUAGUACAACCAGCGGAAUAAUUAGUACAACCAACAGAAUGGUUAGUACAACCGACGGAAUGGUUAGUACAGCUACUAGCAUGACAACAAGCAUGGUGUCAGGUAAUACUAUUGCUUUUCAACGUUCAAUUAAUAUUGUAAGUUAG